AUGUCAACCAAACCCAACAGACCCCGAGGAUCAUCCAUAGUCUACCCUGCAUUGGGAAUCACAGAAAUGAUGCCUGAGUCAUCAGAGAACGGUGAUCGACAACAGCCCAGCGCCGAAACGCCUCUGCUUGGAAACAGAGCAUCAUCACCAAACGGCAAUUACGAUAGCACAGGAGGCGUUGGUGGCACCAUUAGCCAGGAACACGACCCAGAGCUGCGCCCGGUCGCGUUUGUUCACAAGUUUGGGACAAAGGAAGCUUUUGCCAUUAUUGUGUCGAUUGUAGUCGGCAGCGGCAUCUUUACUUCGCCAGGAGCAAUCGACGCCAAUGUCCCGUCACCGGGCGUUGCAUUGUCAGUAUGGCUAGUGGGUGGUCUGCUGGCGUGGACUGGGGCCAGCACCCUCGCUGAGCUAGGAACAGCCAUUCCCGGAGAAGGUGGUGUUCAGGCCUACCUCAGCUACAUCUUUGGUGACCUCUUCGGUCACCUUGCCGCCUGGACCUGGAUCUUUGGCGUUAUGCCCGUGACGCUGGCCAUUCUCUGCAUCGUCUUCAUCUCAAAUAUCCUGGCCGCAUUCAACCUGACAGAGACGCAUAACAGCGACAUCACAAAGAUAUUCGCCUUCCUCCUGGCCACCGUGACCUGUGCGAGCACAUUGUUGGGUUCGGCGCGGAUCAACAAGCUCAACUCUUUCUUCGUCGCCGUUAAGCUGCUGACAGUGACUUUUGUUGUCACUGCCGCCGCGACGGUGGUGUUACUUGUCUUGAUCGAGCCGAGCAAGAACGAGACCGUCGGAGGCCAGGACUGGAGCAAGAGGAACUGGUUUGCGACUCGCAACUCUCCGUCCACCGAGUGGGAUCAGCUUGGUACCUGGGAGGUUUUCGGUCGUUUCUCUGCUGCCCUGUACGCAGCACUUUGGGGUUAUUGCGGGUGGGACAAGGCUGUCUACGUCUCGUCGGACCUGAAGAACCCGUCCAAACAGCUGCCGAGGGCUAUCAACACUGCUCUACCGACUAUAAUCUUGUGCUUCGUAGCAGCAAAUGCGGCAUACUACGUUUUGCUCCCAUGGGUUGUCGUGCCGACCAGUGAUACCGUGGCAGUGGAUGCAUUCUCUCGACUUCUCGGCCCAUGGGCAGGAUUCGCCUCGACAAUUCUCGUCUGCACCAUAAUACUAGGCUCACUUGUCGGAAACACAUUCAUCACCAUCAAGAUGACCCUGGCAGCCGCCAACAGGGGCUACCUACCACAAGCGUGCGGUGCGGUCGAAGGCGAAGAUCCAGUCGUGGCAACGGUCAUGGCGCUGGUCCUGUCCGCGGUGUACAUCGCCGGCGGCUCGUUCCGCUUCCUCGUCCUCUUCAACGGCCUGGCCGAGUACAGCUUCUUCUUCCUUGCGGCCGUCGGCGCCCUUGUGCUGCGGAAGCGCGAGCCGGAUCUGGAGAGGCCGUACAAGACUUGGAUCGCCGGGCCCGUCGUGUUUGCCGUGGUCAGUGGGUUCGUCGUCGUGAGGGGCGCCAUCUUUGCACCGGUUCAGGCCGUUUGUCUGGUUGUUCUCUGGGGGAUUUCGACCGUGGUCAGGCUUUAUUGGACGCACCAAUAG